AUGCAAAUGACCCAUGAUGUAGGUAAGCCACUCAUCACUGGAGAUUCGUUUACUAGAACGUUAUUUGAUGAGAAGAACAAAGAUCAUUGGAAGAUACAAGCACAAUGGACGCUACGGUCAAAGCUCUCAACUCCACAAAACACAAAAGUCGCAAAGAAUGUAAUUCUUUUCCUCGGUGAUGGUAUGAGCAUCACAACGCUGGCUGCCACGAGAGUCUACUUGGGAGGACAGUAUGGACACAAUGGUGAAGAACUGAAGCUUAGUUUUGAAAGCUUUCCUUAUACUGGACUAGCGAAGACUUACUGCGUUGACCAUAAUGUUGCGGAUUCUGCAUGCAGCGGCACAGCUUAUCUGUCAGGAGUUAAAGCUAAUAGUGGAACUCUUGGCUUAAGUGGAGCAGUAAAGAGGGGGGACUGUGCUGGUCAGCGGGAUGGUAUUCAUUCUGUCACUGGUUUGAUGGACUGGGCUCAAAAAGCUGGCAAAUCCACAGGUAUAGUGACAACCACGAGGGUGACUCACGCGUCUCCGGCAGCUGCGUACGCGCACGCCGCGGACCGCAAGUGGGAAGCGGACGCGGAUUUACCUACACGAGGUUUGAAAUGCGAGGACAUUGCGUCACAACUUGUCAGAGGCAGAGUCGGCAGCGGCCUUAAUGUAGUUUUCGGAGGUGGAAGAAAAAAUUUUAUGCCACGAAGUGAAAUUGAUUCAAAUGGCCAUUCUGGCUACCGAAAUGACGGCAGAAAUUUGAUAAGAGAAUGGCUCGUGAAGAAAGAAAGUCUUGGCAUUUAUCCCAAAUACAUAUACAGUAGAAAAGAACUUUUAAAUUUAGAGAAUAAUAAAUAUGGCAGUGUAUUGGGUCUAUUUGCUUCUGAUCAUAUGUCUUAUCACCUUGAAGCCGGUGAUGAGGAGCCUACUUUAAGCGAAAUGACUCAAAAAGCAAUUGAAAUUCUGUCGCAGAACACAAAAGGUUUUGUCCUGUUUGUUGAAGGUGGUAGGAUAGAUACAGCACAUCACGAAACCAAAGCGCGUAAAGCGUUAGACGAAACAGCUGAAUUAGCUAAAGCUGUUGAAGCUGCAUUGAGGAUAGUAGACAUCGAAGAAACCCUAGUUGUAGUCACUUCAGAUCACAGCCAUACAAUGAGCUAUAGUGGUUAUAGCAAACGAGGAUCUGAUAUAUUAGGAUUUGCUAACGCAAAAUACAACGCAUCUGAUAACCUGCCAUACACCAUCCUGAGCUACGCGAACGGUCCGGGAUCGAUGGCGAGAACGGAUUUCAGACAUAAUCUUAUGUUUGAUAAUAUGAAUGACCUUAAUUACACAUAUCCAUCGCUGGUUCCAAUACCUCGCGAGACCCACGGUGGUGAAGACGUGGCUGUCUUUGCCCACGGCCCAUGGGCUCAUCUCUUCAGUGGCAAUUAUGAACAAAAUUUUAUACCUCAUGCCUUAGCAUAUGCCUCCUGUAUAGGACCAGGGCUCACUACGUCAACACCAAAACGACUAAAACCGGAUGAUAACACCAGUUGCGUGUUCAAAAUCCGUAAAUGGUGCCGCAGUCGACGCUGUCAGCUGUGGCGGUUGCUGCUCCUCCCCUUCAUACCUAUCCUGGCUCUGAUUGUUCAGACCACCUUCUCCUUAAAGAACAGCCUCACUAAUGGCAUGGAAGUUGCUGAUGUCGAAGAACAGGUCAGCAGAGCUACAGAGUUAGGUAAGCUGGUGACCAGGUUGCAGCAGGAGAGAUCUGAAGUUGCAUUCUUUAUCUUCACUAAUGGAAGUACUCUGAGGUCAAACUUAACGCAACGCUUUGCUGGCACGGACAGUGCUAUCGAGCAAAUGGGAGAACUACCGCCUUUGACCUUCAAAAAUAGAGCUGUUAUUGAUGGACAGGGGUUUGUAAAUGAACUCGCUGAUCUGAGAGCCAAAAUAAAUUCCGGCACGUCGAUGACGGAGGUCGUGGAGUGGUAUACGAAUGCCAACGCGGCACUCCUGACACAUCUCACCAAAGAAAUUAAGGACACUGAUAGCAGUACUAUAUGGAGAUAUUUGGUUGGUUUCAAAAAUUUACUUCGGAGUGUCGAAUGUAAGGGCAUCGCUUCUGUGUUGGGCAUUAAUUACUUCGCAAGGGGUUUUCUACAGCCAAGAGCACAUGAAAAAUAUAUAAGCCACAUGGUUUUAGGAAGGGAUCUUCUUGACAAUACACUGAAUCUUGUGCCAUCCCUCAUUCCACUCCUCAUGGAUAUAAAAGAGGACAGCCCAGAGUACCAGGUAUUAGAAAAGAAGAAUCAAAGAAUUGUUGACAACAAGCCCCACGCUGGAAGUGUCGGUGAGGCAAUAGAAUACUUCGACCAAACCGCGACUUUGCUUGGAAAAUUAAGGGCUGUUCAGAAGCAAUUAAGAGAAUACAUACGUGAGGGCGUCAAUGAAAGUCUCCGAGAAGCUCGACGCAGUGAGGCUGUAUGUGGUGGUAUAUUGGUGCUAGUGUGCGUGGUGUCACCCAUCAUUAUUGCGUUGGUUAGGAACGCCGUCAAUACUAUACAGAUAUACGCUCGCAACCUGUCAGAGAAAGCAAGGGAAUUGGAAUAUGAAAAAGAGUUGAGUGAUUCUUUGCUUUACCAAAUGCUGCCAGCCAGCGUUGCCAAACAGCUGAAACAAACGCAACAGGUGCCCGCUGAGUUCUUCGCGUCAGUAACUGUGUACUUCAGUGACAUAGUUGGCUUCACAGCUAUCGCUGCCGUGUCUACACCCUACCAGGUUAUAAGUUUUUUGAACUCCGUGUACAAACUGUUCGAUGAACGCAUCGAGUGCUAUGAUGUUUACAAAAUAGAAACAAUUGGUGACUCCUACAUGGUAGCGUCAGGACUUCCCGUCAGGAACGGUAACAAACAUGCAACUGAGAUCGCCAGCAUGGCUUUGGAACUGCUCGAAGCGACUUCUAUAUGUCGUCUCCCUCACCGGCCCGAUCAGGCUCUUUGUAUGAGAAGCGGUAUCCACACGGGCCCCUGUGUAGCUGGGAUCGUCGGCAGCAAAAUGCCACGUUACUGUCUCUUCGGUGACACUAUCAACACCGCCAGUAGAAUGGAAAGCACAGGCGAGCCUAUGAAAAUUCAAAUAUCAGAAGACGUAAAGUUGGCGUUGGACAAAACUGGACUCUUCAUCACUACACCUAGAGGAGUUGUUGAUGUGAAGGGCAAAGGUGAAAUGACGACCUACUGGUUGGAUGGAAGGACUGGUCCGUCUCCUGUCCGGCCUCCUGCCUCCUCUUUGGACUGUACUCCAAGCUUUCUGACCCGCAUCCACUCUCAACGCCGCAGUUCACCUCGAUACCAACCCAACCAGAGCUAG